ACAUGAUUUACUUUACAAGUGAUGCCGAAAGAGGACUGUCGAUUAGAUGCUGUUCGUCAGAGCCAGUAUUUCAGGAUGGCCAGGGUCACAAAUUUCUCAAAUUCUGGAGAUUGAGUGGCUACUUUGGCGAGACAGAUGUUCAGCUUCAAGAUAUUGAGGUCAGGGAUUCAGUUGCAGCUAAAGAAAGAUGGUACACCUAUAGCACCGAACAGAAAGCUAUGGUCGAGAAACAUAUUUCAUCUUUCAGGUAUCCAAAUAAAGCUAUAUAUUUCACCUUUCAAGCAUUUCUACGGAAUUUCAUAAUUUUCCAUUUAUUUUGCUGGAUGAAAAUGAAAUGA